GAGCUCGAUAGCCUCAUCAAGAAGUUCGAGGAAAAGAAGGGCAGCUACAAGGUCGAGGUUGAUCUUCAGGCGCUGCGGGACUUCAAAGGUCGUGUCGUGGAUGCGGUCCCGAAGAAGCCGAAGCGGGACUUACCUCAGACGGUUGCCCUCAAGCAGGCGGUCAACCGAAAGGAGCAGGCUCAGCGGGACCUCGACGCGGCGACCACGGCGCUGCUGGCUGCCCAGCAGAAGGCCCAAGAGGCGCAGGCCCUUCAGGACGCGGCGGCCCUCAAGAUGGCAGAGGCGGAGGCAGACCACCAGCGCGUCCUUGACGAGUACUAUGCGCAGUCGAAGUCGGUGCCUGCACAGGCCGCCCCCCCAGUGCAAGGCUGGAAGGCCCCCGAGGUGGACGAGUCACUCUUCGAGGAGCUGGACAGCUACGAUGCCCAGGGCCGCGCCAAGCUCCUCAAAUUCAAGGCGGACAUGCAGUCAUUGGCAGAGUUGGUCAGCAGCGCGUAUGCGCAGUACAAAGAGUUCGAUGAGUUGGCGAAGCAGGCGAAGGCGGUGCAGCAGGCCCACCUGGAGAAGAGACGCAAGGCGGGCGGUGCUGAGGAGGAAGACGUAUUCGCAGUCCCUGGUGCGGUGCAGUCGCAGGAGGUGGACAAGGUUGCGGCCCAGGAGCCGACGGUGGUGGACGCGCCCAAGCAGCAGAUCGCUAUCGAGCGCGUCAAGGAGCAGUCGAAGGCCCACAAGUACCUCGACGAGACAGGUAACAAGAUGGACGUUUUCAUGAUGUGCGAGACGCAUGUGACAAAGGAUCAGAUCCCGAAGGUGAAGCAGUUCAUUGCUAUUAGGUCGCAUGUUGCGGCCACAGGUUUCGACGCGAUGCGGGAGCUGGUGCGCCAGCAGGGCCACAGGGGCCCGUUCUCAGGCUUUUCCGCGACCACGCUUCAUUUACGGGGAGGCAACUUGGUGGUCAUUGUGGCCUACCUGGUUCCCAAGGAUGGCUUUGGCGGCGUCAACGCGGCGAAGAUCAGUGCACUGGCUUCGUUUGUACCCUCCCUCACGGGCCCCUGGGUCAUCCUGGGGGAUUGGAACAUCCCGUUUCAGCGCAUGCAGAAGGAGGACUUCGUGUCUAAGAUUGGAGGCCAGCUGCUACGGCCUGAUGUGGACAUCACUUGCGACAAAGGCCGAGGCAGCCCCAUUGAUUACGGCAUUUGCAGGGGUGACCUCGUGCCGCGCCUCUCCCUCGAGGCGGCGCACCGAGUGCCUUGGAAGACGCAUUGUGGACUUCGGUUGCACGUGGGAGGUAUGGCGCAGGCGUGGCGGUACCGUGCUGCUGCAGUCCCGCGGCCACUUCCGCUACCUGUGCGACCACACCCAGCCCCAGACCCCACUAUCAAGACCUCGAUGCGGAAGUUGGAGAUGCAGAAAAGGAGGGCUGAGCAUUUGGACGAGCACCUGCAGGAGGCCUACGUGGAGCUCACGGACCACAUGGAGGUGGAGACCACGCCAGCCCCGUACCUCAUCCCACUCGAGGUCUGGAACAGGAGUACCUCGGCUGUGCAGGCUGAGGCUACGAUGACGAUGACGAUGGAGAUGGAGCAGACUGUUGGCGACCUCACGUAUGGCAACCCGCAGCAGUGGCAGGCCGUGGACCAGGUCACCCUGGAGUACGCGCAGUGGGUCACAGCGAUGGAGCACGCCACCUUGGAGGUCAGUGACGUCACGGACGGCAUGCGCGGCUCGUACCUUGGUAGGGCGUGCGGCUUGGGCUCUCGGCUCACUAAGGCGCGGCCCUCGCCUGGGCGGGCGCACAUGCGCUUUGCGCCUGCUGAACACAGGGGAGUGUGCACAACUCUGGUUGGUAGGUACCUGGCGCUGCGACUACACCACGCAGAUUUUCGUCAGCAACGCAAGUGCUUGAAGGACUUGGAGGCCCAGCUGAGCACCCUGAAGGCGUUGCCCCAGGAUGAGGUCUUUGGCAAGAAGGUUCUUGAGAUUGAGCGCCAGGAGGCUUAUGAGCUUGGCGCCCGCUUGGGGUCGCUCGAGGUGCAGCAGGUGAAGGAUGCGUUGACUAGUUUUGAGAAGUACCAUGCAUUGGCGCAGGCCCGUGGUUUUGCAGCGCAGGGGAGGAGCUUUACCUUGUGGGCCAAGGAGAUGUGGGCGCGCAAGCCUGGCGCCCUUCAUCGCCAUGUCAAGGAGCCACCUGCGCCCACGGUUGUCCUGAUUCCGAACUCGGCCGACCAGAUUGCGGACCCAGACACGGCAAUGGAGUACAAGGCGCGGUAUUGGGAGGGCAUCUGGACGGACCCUGUGGACACGCGGAGCCAGCUCACGGAGUACCUCGCCGCCUUUUCGGCUCAAGCUGCUGAG